GAACUCGAUCCAACCAUUCUUUACUGCAAGAAAAGUGCAACACUUAAAUAACCGAUGUAGAUCUAUUGUGUCUGUCCUCAACAAUUCCAGUUGUCAAACCCAAGAACUUUCUGAUUAAUAUAAACACCAAUCAAAUGUCCUCACGUUCUUUCAUGCAACAUGUUGGCCACAACCCCACCUUUUUAUUCUUCACUAUCAAAUUUAAAUGUUUCCAUUGGAAUUUCUACUCUCGGUAUAACAGUGAAACUUUUCCAAAUAAUUGAUUCUGAUAUAAUAUAUGGAUCAUAUUAGCCGACAAUAGAAUAUGGUUAUUUUCAUGAGUAUCCAGUUGUAUAAUUAGACAUUUCAAAUGUGGUUAAAGAAGAGAGCGCAUGAAAGCAUCCCUGUUUCCGAGAGGCUCGAAAAUGGAGAGAAGCGCUAUUUUGUCGGCCGCAUUUCUGGUGGGCGUCAUCGUCACCACUCCAUUUUCACGGGCAGCUGACCUGAAAGGCUCGUUCGAUGAUAACUUCAGCAAAAGCUGCCCGGCAAAGAACUUCAAGACUUCUGAAGACGGGCAGAUCUGGCACCUAUCCCUCGAUGAAGAUGCAGGUUGCGGGUUUAUGACGAAAGAGAAAUACAGAUUCGGGUGGUUCAGCAUGAAACUGAAGCUCGUCGGAGGAGAUUCCGCCGGAGUCGUCACUGCUUAUUACAUGUGCUCGGAAAACGCGGCGGGGCCGGAGAGGGACGAGGUGGACAUCGAGUUCUUGGGGAACCGGACCGGGCAGCCUUACGUGAUCCAGACGAACGUGUACAAGAACGGAACCGGCGGUCGGGAGAUGAGACACAGCCUGUGGUUCGAUCCGACGGAGGAUUUCCACACUUACUCCAUUCUUUGGAAUAACCAUCAAUUAGUGUGGUUCGUGGACGCGGUGGCGGUGAGAGUGUACAAGAAUGCGAACUACAGCAACAACUUCUUCCCGAAUGAGAAGGCGAUGUAUCUGUUCUCGAGCAUCUGGAACGCGGACGACUGGGCGACGCGGGGAGGGCUGGAGAAGACGGACUGGAAGAAGGCGCCGUUCGUGUCGUCUUACAAGGAGUUCAAGGCGGAGGGGUGCAAGUGGGAGGACCCCUACCCGGCCUGCGUCGCCACCACGACGGAGCACUGGUGGGAUCAGUACGCGGCGUGGCACCUCAACGAUGAUCAGAAGCUGGACUAUGCGUGGGUGCAGAGGAACCUUGUUAUUUAUGAUUAUUGCAAGGAUACUCAGAGGUAUCCCGAGUUGCCUCAGGAGUGUUGGCUAAGUCCCUGGGCCUAAAUAUUUCUUUUCAGGAUUUACUAAUUAAUUACUCAAUUUAUAUGUAUACUCCAUUGUCUCAAGGGUUGGAAUACAAACUUAUGAAUUCUCAACA